GUUGCUGAAGGUCCUGCGGGUGAGCCCGACGAUGGCCGCAAGAAAUCGAAGGCGACAUCGUUGACCGAGACCGUGGACUUCUCUCCUUACUCCUCCCUGCGAGAGGAUUGUGCUCGCCGUAUGCUUCAUGAAUUAUCCGGUAAGCUCCUCGUCCCGCCCGAAUACACGGAGGUGGAAGAUCCUUCCAGCAGGCACUGGGUGGGAACCGCUGCCCGUUUCCUUCUUGCGGCUGGCGUUGGUUUGUCCCAAAUUGGGAUGACCAAUGAGAAGCUCCAUAUGGCGAGUUUGCGCGGGGAGGUGGAGGCGGAGAAGCUGCGGAAAAGGAUCGGAGAGUUGGAGGCGGACUCUAUCAAGGGGCGCACUGCAUUGCGAGCGGAGGUGAAGGCUGAGUUGGAGAAGGAGUUUGCUGCAACCACCAAGGAACUCCGUGCGGAUCUAUCUCGCGGAAUCCAAAAGGUGAACAGUCUGAUGGCCGACAAGGAGGGAUUGGAGGCGGAAGUAACCCGCUUGCGUGAGCGUGUGGGCGAAUUGGAGAAGGACCGAACAGAAAGCGUGCUCAGGCACCAAACUGAAGUUGAACUUGCAGCCAAGUCAGCUGUGGCGUCCUAUCUGCUAUCUCCCGCCUUCCGCAAGAUCGACGACGCCAAGCGCUCCAAGGCGAUAUCUGAUACGGUUGCUGCCAUCCGCCAUCUGUUCCGCCGUGAGCACCCAUAUCUGGCGUGGGAUACAGACGCCGUGUGGGAUGCGGUGGUGGACUGGGGAAAGGCUGAAGGUGACGUCAAUUCUGAGGGGGUGGUCGGCUCGGAGGAUGCGGGGAAUGAGGAUGCGAGCUCCCGUGGCGUAGAUAACUCUUAAGCUAUUCUGUUUAACCUUUUUCUUUUUUGGGUCGAGUAUGUCCUCGACCUUGAACAAUCGUCUGUAUUAAGUACUUUUCAGUUUCCUUGAC